AUGAACCAGUGGCGAUCCUAUGCCGGUUUACUGCUAUCGAGGAAUGUAUGGCAGCUCUUCACUGAGAAGCAGACGCGCAACCUUGCCAAGCUUUCCAUUCGGGGUGGAGAGAAGCCCAGCUUUACUAUAAAGACUGAGGAAAUUUUCAGUUCGCUCAAGGAUGGUUCAAAUGUUGCUAUUCAGGGUGUGGCAACUACACCAGACCCGCUGAUUAGAGACCUGUGUGAGUACGUCCAUUCCCGAAAUCUGAAGAACAUACACAUCUAUACUACACUGCCGUUUGGCGAAGGACUGUUUCUGAAAGAACCCUAUGCUUCACACUUUAAAACGAAUUUCUUUUUCCUAGGCUCUGUUGGGCGGCAGGAGGUCAAUGCAGGAAAAGCCAACUAUAUACCGAUGUUCCUCAACGAAGUGCCGCGUUUUUAUCGACGAAGACUUAUUGACCUGGAUAUGUGUAUCAUCAAUGUAUCUGCUCCCGAUGCCCAUGGCAACUACUCAAUGGGUCCCUCCAUUAAAACCAUACUGGGUGCCGUCGAGGUGACCAAGUGCUUGGUCGGUAUCGGCUCAAUACCGGAUAUAGUUCUGUCGCUGUUACAUUCGCACAGAGACCUAGGCAUUCACACUGAAAUGUUCUCUGAUGGCAUUAUUGAUCUCUGUGAAUCUGGUGCAGUCACCAACGCCCACAAGGAGCUGUACCAGGGUUUCAUCGUUUCCAGUUUCAUACUGGGCAGCGAGCGAGUAUUCUCCUUUGUCAACCAGAAUUCCAAUCUUAGUAAGUUUGCUUACUGA